UCAAGAAGGUCAAGAAGGUCAAGAAGGUCAAGAAGGUCAAGAAGGUCAAGAAGGUCAAGAAGGUCAAGAAGGUCAAGAAGGUCAAGAAGGUCAAGAAGGUCAAAUUAAAAGGAAGCCUCCAUAUAAAUAUAGUGACAAGCCCAGCUCAUAUUUAGCGAUGGAGAAAGAUCUUUUCGCUAUACGAAAGAAUAGCCCAUUUAGGCUUGUGGCUACGACUUUUGAAGAGAAUCGAGCGUCAUUGAUGGAAAAAUAUCCCGAGGCAGAGGAGAACCUUUCGGUGUUAAAAUACAAACCCACCCGAUUGGUAUUUAACUUUCCCCAUCUGGGAAGCUCCAUCAAAGACCAGAAUAGGAAUAUUCUGAUGCAUCAAAAGUUCAUCUCCUCUUUUUUUACGGCUACCGUUCAAGCAUCAAAAGCGCUUUCUCAUCCAAAUCCAGCCCAGCUAAUCAAAAUGGGGAUUGCCGUUGGAAGAAUGCUGCACACAUAUCCGCCUUUGGAAGAGGAUCUAGAAAUGGAGGAAGAAUUUCUUAUCCUGCUAACAUUGAAGGAGAGCCAUCCAUAUGACAGCUGGAAUGUCAAGGAAAUCGCAAAAGAAAAGGGCCUUUGUUGUGCCUUUUCUUUUGCAUUUGAUAGACACCUCUACCCCGGAUAUUCACAUGUAAAUACGAUCGGAAAUUACAGUGCUUAUCAUUCAAAGAAACUUGGUGAAGGAACUAUGUUUCCGACCGACACCAGCAGGGACGACAAUUUGAAAGAGAAAAAAGCAAAAACAUUUGUAUUUUGCAUGCCGAGCAGUGGCAAAUAA